AUGUCAUUGGUACCAAAACGCUCUCGCUUGUUGAGUGCGGUUGUUAAGGCUUUUUCUAAAAUCUCGCCCCUCUCUCUUGCCGAGAAUGACUGGGAUAAUGUCGGUGUUCUGAUCGAGUGUCACGAGAAAUGGAAUAUCAGACCAUUGGACGUCACAGCCGCUCAAAAAUCGACAAUUCUUUUGACCAUCGAUUUGAAUCACGAAAUUAUUGAUGAGGCUCUGCACCAUCAAUCCAGUGGUACGCAUCCGGUUGUCAUUGUUGCCUACCAUCCAACAAUUUUCAAGCCCAUCAAGAAACUGACUCUCGAUUCCCUUGAAGGCGGAUAUUCGCACAUCAACGAGCUCGUUGUCCGUUGCAUACAAUCCGGGCUUUCAGGAGUACAAUUUGGUCCUUAUUUUAUAGUUAAUGACUGGAUUUGUUCGUUGAUUGGCAACGGGACUUUUGCUCCAAUAAUUCCGAAUCCAUCACCACAGGCAACCGUGCAGGGUGACAUAGUUGGAUCUGGCCGAUAUUUGACGCUAGCUGAGCCGAGUCCUCUUGAAGAGAUUGCAGACCGUCUUAUGAAGGGGUUUGCAACAACAUAUGGUCAAUUAGCUCGGAUUGCAAAGAGCGCCAAAUAUUCUUGCCAACAAAAGCCGAUUUCGAAGCUCGCUGUUUGUGCUGGAUCCGGCGGGUCUAUUCUUCUUUCACCAAAGCUCAACAGCGAUACCGAGCUUCUCAUAACUGGGGAGAUGAGCCAUCACGACGUUUUAGCUGCAACUGCCAAGGGAUACAAUGUAAUGCUUUUUGAGCACACGCAUACAGAAAGGGGCUAUUUAUCGCAAAUGCUGAAGCCUAAACUUGAAAGUGCAUUGAGCGAGGAAGUUGAUAUUCAAAUUUUCGUGUCAAAAUAUGACAGGGAUCCAAUCCAACUUUAUAAAAUUAAAAAUUAG